UCUCGAGAGGAAAAGGCGGUGUAAAGACUUUGCAGAGAGAAACACAACGACAAGGCCAGAGCUAGAGCAUCCUUUACUAGUUGUGUGCGUGAGAGGCUACUGAUCGUGGUCUGUUCUUGUUGGCGGUGUGUAAUUUCUCAUCCUUGGCAUAUCCCGUAACUGGUUUCUCUUGUUUAGAACGAUAACAGUGGUUCAAUAUCUCAAAAGACUUUAGAAAAUUGUUGACUCAUAUCUAAUAAUCGAAGUCUUGAAUAUGGCUAUUGACAAGUCUGAGCUGAGGCAGCUUGUUUGCGACAAGCUGAUAGCAAUCAGCUGCUAUAUCGAUGAUGAGCUACCUGAUUACAUUGUGGCCAUGGUCAUCAACGGGAAGAGUCGUGAGCAUAUGAGCAAAGAUCUUAGCGUUUUCACUGGAGGACAGUCAGACGAUUUUCUUGACUGGCUCAUGAAGACUGUGCAUGACAUGAGCCCUGGCACUCAGGUGGCAACAGCACCCAUCAAGUCAACAGUACGUAUGGUCGCCAGAGAUGAACACAGCCACGUGUCAUCGCGGCAUUCUUCUCGAAGCGCCAGCUCUCAGAACGACCAGCCUAGCAAGGCAAGCAGUAGUUCUGGCAAUGCCAGUACUAGCCACCGCCUGCUGAGUCUGGCCGUUGCGAAAGCUGCAGCCGACACCAAGCCGGCUGUUGCGAAAGCUGCGGCUGACACCAAGUCAGCUGCAGCCAGUGAGGACAGCACCAGCUGUAAGAGACACCCGCAGCCCGUUGCAGAGGGUUCGUCGUCCUCUCAUUCCAGCAGCACCGGCGGCAGUAGUAGUAGCAGAGAGCGACGACGGCCGCGCCGCACAUCCUCACCAGAGCAUCGUCACAGGGAGUCCUCUCGUAGCUCUAAAGCACGCAGCACCGCUGACAAGCCGCCCAGUGGCGAGAAAUCGUCGACGAAAACCAAGUUUAUUGUAACCCUGGAUGGAGCCGAUAAGCUGAAAGGCUCGUCGGCCAAGCCAAGAGAAGUCGUGGAUCCACCAGAGUCUGAGCAGCCCUCCACCAAUGUGGUUCAGUUCAUAAUUAAUGACGAUCUUAAGCGCAAGCAUGUUGAAGUUGAGCAGGUCAGUGAUGAUGUCGAGACGGAGCAGAGUGCAUUGACUGCUGACCCUGCUGACAUACCACUGGAGAGUUUAACCGAGCCUGCUGCCAAGCGUCCAAUGGAACGCUGCCGCUUCUGGCCCAACUGCACUGCAGGCGAUGCGUGUCGGUUCCAUCACCCCAGCGUGCCGUGCCGUAAGAUGCCCGCAUGCAAGUUUGGUGCGCAGUGCCUCUACCUGCAUCAGGACUGCAAGUUUGACGGCCGCUGCACCAAGCUAGACUGCCCUUAUGUGCAUCGUCUCAAGCCAGGUCAGUUCAACACCGCUGCCACUCCCGCCAGUGGUGUGCCGAGUAGCACUACUACUCCAACUGCUGCUGCUGCUGUGGCUGGCAAGCCUGCACCAUCCAGCACUAUUUGCAGGUUCCACCCGGGCUGCAUGCGUGACUACUGUCCGUUCCUUCACCCCACGGCGUGUCGCUAUGCAAGCAACUGCACGCGAAGUGGUUGUAACUUCUACCACGCUCCGGCAGCCAGCGAGCCACCUCAGCUGCCUGGUCGCAACGCCUUCCGCUGGACAGCCAAGAAGGAUCACGUCAGUGACCGCAAAUUUGCUGUCGAGGCCGCAGGCGAGUCUGUCAUACCCGCUGAUUCGGCCGCUUCAUCAGCUGCUGCCCAAUCUACGGUUGUAGAUGCGUAGGCAUCAUCUCCAGCAGCACAUUUCCAACUGCUGAACAUUUGCUCGUCCUUGUUUUUGGGAAUCCCCCUGCCACUCAUUGGCAUUCAAAGGCAACUUUGCCGAUGUGUUCCUUUACCAGUGAGCUUGUCAAAUCAUCUGAAGACCUGUUUCCGGUAACAGUGCUGGACUGGUCUUCUUUUUGCGACUUGAUGACGUGGUAAUGUGUUUUAUUUUGCGUGCUUUUGACAAGUGCGUGCAGCAUUAAUGCCAUGUCCUGUACUAUCAUAGCUUGUUGGCAAGCCAUGCCGCUUGUUUUAGACACCUGGCCGUGCUGAUGUUGAUGGCCACGACACUGACGAUCUGUUCUCCAGUACUUCAGGCAAUGUUAUGCGUGUUUGUACUAUCCGAGUCACAGCUGGUCGUCUUACGUACGUGUAUGCCUGUGUUACACAGUGUAGAUCAGUGGGAUAAUAUAUAACCUCCAGUGAUCUCUCCACAGGCGUUGGCGUGUCAUGUUUUGUUGUAGUUUGUAGCAGUUCUGGUUAUCGUUGCACAUUGCUAGAUAUAGACACCUGCCCCCUAGCCUGUAGAUUGGGUUUAUUAAAA